AUGGCCCGGGCGCUGACCUGGCGCUGCUGCCCCUGGUGUCUGACGGAGGACGAGAAGACAGCCGCCCGGAUCGACCAGGAGAUCAACAAGAUUCUUCUAGAACAGAAGAAACGGGAUCGUGGGGAGCUAAAGUUGCUACUGCUAGGCCCUGGCGAGAGCGGGAAGAGUACGUUCAUCAAGCAGAUGCGGAUCAUCCACGGGGCAGGCUACUCAGAGGAGGAACGCCGGGGUUUCCGGCCCCUUGUCUACCAGAACAUCUUCGUCUCUAUGCAAACCUUGAUUGAGGCCAUGGACCGGCUGCAGAUCCCCUUCUGCAGGCCCGAGAGCAAGCACCACGCCAGCCUGGUCAUGAAGCAGGACCCCUACAAAGUGACCACAUUUGAGAAGCGCCUCGCUCUGGCCAUACAGUGGCUGUGGAAGGACCCGGGCGUCCAUGCCUGCUACGAAAGAAGACAUGAAUUCCACCUGCUGGAUUCGGCCCUGUACUACCUGACACACCUGGAGCGCAUCACUGAGGAGAGCUACAUCCCCACGGCGCAGGAUGUGCUCCGCAGCCGUAUGCCCACCACUGGCAUCAACGAGUACUGUUUCUCCGUGCAGAAAACCAACCUGCGGAUCGUGGACGUCGGGGGUCAGAAAUCGGAGCGCAAGAAAUGGAUCCAUUGCUUUGAGAACGUGAUAGCACUCAUCUACUUGGCCUCGCUCAGCGAGUACGACCAGUGCUUGGAGGAAAACAACCAGGAGGUGAGAGACCCUCCUCUGAGCCCCAAGCAGGAUGCUGAGGCAGCCAAGAAGUUCAUCCUGGACAUGUACACCCGCAUGUACACCGGCUGCGCAGAUGACGGCAGCAAAGGCGGCGGCAAGAAGGGCCCUCGCUCCCGCCGUCUCUUCAGCCACUACACAUGCGCCACGGACACGCAGAAUAUCCGCAAGGUCUUCAAAGACGUGCGGGACUCCGUGCUCGCCCGCUACCUGGACGAGAUCAACCUGCUGUGA